AAGGCAUGCACAUUCUCACCUCGCAGGCAUCAACUAUAAUUUGAUGGCUAGGUACCACAUGUCAACCUCGCCUUACCUCACUCUUCUUUGCACCGAAUCUUCACUUGACCGCGCUCUUGUCGCUGUAUGCAGCGGGUUGUGCCCGCUUUUCGUACCCAGUGCCUUAGUGUCCAAGCUGCGCACUUCCUCCGGUUCGCGACCACUGCACUUAUUUCCGAGGAACGAUGAAUUCAACAUACGAAGAAAACGCUCUUUCGAAUCAAAUAUCAUCAGCACAUAAGCGCACGUCCAGCUUUAGCUAUCGUGUCCCAACACCUCCUCGCAUAGUUAUUCCCCCUCCCAUCGUAUCCACCGACUUUCGUGAUCUCAGCAUCGACCACAUAGCACCCCAAGGUGACAGAGAACUUGAUCUCAGCUUCUUAAACAAUGUCGAUUAUGCCAAACUUACUCAAGACUCUCAUACUCUGGAAUGGACGUACGAGCGGAGGCGAGAGGCCCAGGCUAUCCUACCAUUUCUGUAUCUUGGGCCUAUGAGUAGGGCGAAGGACAAGGUCUUCUUGCAGAAGGAACAGAUCACUAUGAUGGUAGCAGUACGUCCAAAACAAUCUGGUCUGACGAACGCGGCGUUCACGGCGGCGAACGAACUGGGAGUCGAAAUCGCAACCGUCGACGCGCCAUCCCCGCAGGAACUCAUUGCUGUAUUUCCCACAGCUAUAAAACGAAUCAACAUACAUCUAUAUCAAGUAUAUCAGCGGUCGCUGGCGAUGGAACCUCCGAAAUUAGGCAAGGUCCUCAUAUUCUGCGAAUCAGGAAACGACAAGUCAGCCGCCCUAGUUGCGGCGUAUAUCACCGAAAUGUUCGAUAAAAUUACUCACAUCAAAGCAAUGCAAAUAUGUCAGGCUCAAAGAUUCUGCGUCAACUUCGAUGAUACAUCUAAACAGCUUCUACAAACAUAUCAUGGCAUCCUUACCGCUAAACGAAAUGUCACGCAACCGGCCAAUGGCAACGGAUACCGCAAACAAAAACGCAACCUUGAUCGCGACGAAGAUGAUACAGAGGCCAUGGACCUUGAAAGAUUUGAUGGCAGGGUUUUUACUCCAUAUAGCUGACCCGCAGCGUGACAUGAAUAUGCCCAUCAUAAAGAAUCGACCUUAAUGUCACAAGAGAAAGACGGGGGCAUUUGGGGGCAUUUAGUAUACGGGAAUAGCUUUAGGGGUGAGUCCACGGGAGUCCCUUUCUGGUCCAAUAGAUCCAAUCUAUGUUGAACAUCAGAGUCACAUUAGCGCCCAACGUCAGCUUCAAAGCGUCAUGGUUCAAGGAAGUUCAUGGGUGACCUGACGAUGUGUGUGAAGGGCAUGCAAGAGACAGAGCCUCGACUGAACACAAAGAACCACAGAACACACCU